AUGGGCAAAUCUGCAAAGGUUACUAAACGUCUUACAAAAGAAGCAAAAAGAACUGAUCAAACUACCAAAUCAUCAUCAAAAAAAGAAGAAAUUCUUGGUCCAAAAUCUAAUUCAUCGACGAAAAUUUCUAAAAAACAAAAUAAAAGAAAGGCUCGAGUUGCGAAAUUUAAAAGAGGUAAAGUUAUGAGCAAUGAUAAAGAAAGAGAUUAUGUAGACAUUUUUAUAGGGAAAUCAACUUAUAAAAAAGCUUUGAAUGAGAAAUAA